AGCCAAACAGACCAAAUUUUAGUCCACCUCCGAUAUCACAAAACCCUAGCAACCCUAAUAGCUUCCGCUCUUCGCUUAUAAAAGCAACGUCCCCAGUGUCAAUCCGCAGCUCGGCAGCUCAGCAAAACCCUACACACUGAGUUAAGUGAAAAUGGCGGUGCCGUUGCUGAAGAAGUCGAUCGUGAAGAAGCGGGUCAAGCACUUCAAGAGGCCCCAGAGCGACCGCAAGGCCUCCGUCAAGCCCAGCUGGAGAAGACCAAAGGGUAUUGAUUCUCGUGUUAGAAGAAAGUUCAAGGGCUGUGUUCUCAUGCCCAACAUUGGUUAUGGGUCAGACAAGAAGACCCGUCAUUAUCUUCCCAAUCAUUUCAAGAAGUUUGUUGUGCACAACGUCAAGGAGCUCGAACUGCUGAUGAUGCACAAUAGGACCUACUGCGCCGAGAUUGCACACAAUGUGUCCACAAGGAAGAGGAAAGAAAUUGUUGAGAGAGCCGCCCAGCUUGACGUUGUUGUUACGAACAAGUUGGCCAGGUUGCGCAGCCAGGAAGAUGAAUGAGGCUUGUAUCAUUUUUUUUUUGAAAUUAUAACGAGUUGUAAUCCAUACUUUGAACACACAGACCAUUCGAUUUUUUCUGGUAGAAUGGUAGCGAUUGAACAUGGGCGGGAGUGUUCAUUUGAAAUUCAGCAUCUUCGUAGUUCAACGGGCAUCGAAGUUGAAGUCACUCGUUGCUGUACAAAGUACAAAUAAACUUGCGAUGGUCGAUGCUAAAUUGACAUGGACAAUGUCGCUAAAUUUUGAAUGCAAUGGCGAUGACAAUGAAUGUUCCUUAAUUUG